UUUCUGUUUGCAGUCUCUCUCGCUCGCUCUGCAUGCGCGUCUUUCUUUUUCCGAGAGGACCUGUCGGCGGCGGCGGCGGCGGCGGAAGGCGCUCGGCGGUGUUGAUGACCUCACGCGGCAACGUCUCGGAGCGGUCGACGGAGCUGUAGAUUGGCUGGCGCGGGCUCAGCGGCACUUCAAAGCCUGAGAGGGAGCUACAAUUGUGGUGGAAUGGGCGGAACUGAUCAUUGUAUUGCACACCUCUAAAAAAAACACUGCCUCUGAUUUAUCAAUAUAAAAAAGAUCCUCUGAGAGGAGGGCACUUUGUGGGAUGGCAACUUCACUUCUAGGGGAAGAACCGCGCUUAGGCUCCACUCCUCUGGCCAUGCUCGCCGCCACCUGCAACAAGAUCGGCAGCCCCAGCCCGUCGCCCUCGGCCCUUUCGGACAGCUCCUCGUCCUUCGGCAAAGGCUUCCACCCUUGGAAACGCUCCUCCUCGUCGGGCAGCUGCAACGUCGUGGGCUCUAGCCUGGGCGGCGUCGGCGUCUCGGCCUCAGCCCGCAACGGCUCUUCGGCUCAUGCGGCGGCGGCCGCGGCAGCCGCUGCUGCGGCGGCCGCCCUGGUGUCGGACUCCUUUAGCUGCGGCGGCUCGCCGGGCUCCAGCGCCUUCUCGCUCACGUCCAGCGGCGCCGCCGGCGGCUCUCCCUUCGCCAACGACUACUCGGUGUUCCAGGCGCCCGGGCCGUCGGGCGGCAGUGGAGGGGGCGGCGGCGGCGGCGGGGGAGCGCAGGAAGCCGCUGCUCACCAGCCGGUAUUCAUCUCCAAGGUGCACACGUCGGUGGACAGCCUGCAGGGCAUCUAUCCGCGCGUGGGCAUGGCGCACCCCUACGAGUCGUGGUUCAAGCCCUCGCAUCCGAGCGACGCGGGCGCCUCCAGCUGGUGGGACGUGGGCGCCGGCUGGCUCGACGUGCAGAACCCCAAUGGAGUCCAUCCGGCCGCCGCUGCCAGCGGGCUCCAGGCGGGCUCCUUGCACUCGCCGCUGGGUGCCUACAACUCGGAUUACUCGGGCUUGGCGGGCCACUCGGCCUUCAGCAGCGGCGCGGCCCCCUCACACCUUCUCAGCCCCGCCGGGCAGCACCUCAUGGACGGAUUUAAGCCCGUGCUGCCGGGCUCCUACCCGGACACGGCGCCCUCGCCGCUGACGGCCGGCGCAGGCGGCUCCAUGCUGGGCGCCGGACCCUCCGCGCCGCUAGGCGGCUCUCCGCGCUCGUCGGCCAGGCGCUACUCCGGCCGCGCCACUUGUGACUGCCCCAACUGCCAGGAGGCCGAGCGAUUGGGGCCGGCGGGCGCCAGCCUGAGGCGCAAAGGCCUGCACAGCUGCCACAUCCCCGGCUGCGGCAAGGUCUACGGGAAGACGUCGCACCUCAAGGCGCACCUGCGCUGGCACACGGGCGAGCGGCCCUUCGUGUGCAACUGGCUCUUCUGCGGCAAGCGCUUCACGCGCUCGGACGAGCUGCAGCGCCACCUGCGCACGCACACGGGCGAGAAACGCUUCGCCUGCCCGGUCUGCAACAAGCGCUUCAUGCGCAGCGACCACCUCAGCAAGCACGUCAAGACCCACAGCGGUGGAGGCGCUGGCGGUGGCGGCGGCCCGGGCGGCGGCUCGGGCGGCGGCAAGAAAGGCAGCGACACCGACAGCGAGCACAGCGCGCCCGGCAGCCCGCCUUGUCAUUCCCCGGAGCUGCUCCAGCCCUCCGAGCCCGGGCACAGGAACGGCUUGGAGUGAAAGCUGCCCGGUGGCGCGCUGCCGCCACCGCGGCCGGCGAGGCGAGACAGGGAGGGACUUAUUUUCUCGUUUGUGUUUUGUUUUUCCAUCCCCCCCACCGCCUGUGGAAACCUCGCGCCUGGCUGAGCUACUUUGAAGAUGAAGGGGUGGGGGGAAUCUCUGGACAUGUAAGUAACGCCGCGCAUUGAGCCAGCGCACCGACUCGCGCUUCUCUGCUGCUCACAGAGGGCAGCCGGGCCCGCCACGUCGGCUCCCUGCCGUCCUCCCGGCUCCCCCUGAACCGCGCGCGCAUGCUCUGGGCCACGAGGGCAAGAAGCAGCGGAACUCGGAGGAAGCGUUGGUUCGCAACGUAGGAGCUCCAGAGUGCCGCCCCCACUGACUUCUGCGCUGAGGAGGAAGAGGUUUUGGCUCUCUCAAACCUGCAGGACGGGAAGGUGGGGGGUGGAUCCUGAUCUGGACGAACUACAGAGCCAACAACAAUUGCAUGAGAGAAUUAGAGCCUCUUAUCAGGAGGGGGGGAAAGCGCCCAAGAUCUCCCGCUGAAAGCACUUUGACUAGAAAUGUUAUGGGAAGCUUUUUUAAAAAACACUAUUGUUUCGGAACACUCCACAGAUUCAACUUCGAUUCAACCUUGCUUCGCAACUGCAGUCGUCAGCCCGCGAGAAUGCUGCCGUGGAAGUUGGUGGGAUUACUCUGGAGUAAAGGGUGAAGCCUGAAGCAUUUGUAUGUGUGUUUGUGUAUCUGUGAGUAUGCAUGUAGGUGUGAUCGCAAACCAGUCCCAUUCACAAAUCACUUAUGUCAGAGUACUCCGAAUUUGCACAUUUAAUUGGAAUAAAGUGGGGUUUUUUUUACAGCACUUCCAAGGCAAUUUAGUCUGUGAUUCUUACCGGAGGUAGGGUUUUUACACUCAAUGGGAGUCAAUUAAACUUACUUCCAAGUAAAUGAGUGGUUUUUGGUGUUAUUCCCUUUGAAGCCAUUAAGACUUACAGCCAAAUAAAAAAUCCUGAAUUUCAUCAGAUUUCACUAGCACCAAAUUUUAAAGUAUUUAUUCUAAAAUGUUGAUUUCAACAGAGGUUAUGUCUGAGAACCUUUCUGAUGUCCUUAGGAGCCUUACAGCUCAAUCCAAUGCAGGUUUUCUCAGAACUUUGUAAAACUGAAUUAAGUUGCCUUAAGCUACAAUCCUAUGUAUGGUUACCUGGAGUAAUAUCCAUUGAGCACAGUGGAUCUUACUUCCAAGUAAACAUGCAUAGGGUUGGGCUGCACUGUUUCUUUUGAUAGGACUGUAUCAGUGGAAAUCCCACUAAUUUAAGAGAUUUAUGGAUUGGGCUAUAAAUCUAAGUUAUCUGCCUUAAUUGAUUGCAGCUUCAAUCCUGCUAAAUCCUUAGUCUUUAAAAAAUGCUUCUUGGGCUGGCAAAUCCAACACUUUUUUCACACACACAUUUACAUUUGUACUUGGAAACCUUGAAUAUGAUCCAGCCAAAUUUUUGUCUGGUUGGUUUCAGUGACUAACCUCAUCCUUCACUCUAUCCCACUGAAAUCAACAGGACUUUGACUGUGGCUGGAUAGUGCCCAUAAUUCUAAAUGUGUUUGAUUUCAGAUGUGUUCUGAGUUGCGUUUUUUUCUUAACUUAAAAGACAGAGAACUAUAACCUACUUUUCAAUACCUUCGUUUUCUAAAAGUUUCUGCCCCAUUUAAAAAAAAACGAAUCAGCCCCUCAGUCCCUCUUUCAGAGUUCCAGCGUCUACAUUCAUGCAGUACUCUACAAGCACCUAGGAGUAAACCUAUUAUUUGUAGCAUUAUUUUUCUGAUUUAAGGAAUAAAAGAAGUACCCUUGCUUUUCAGCGAGCCUGUAGUUUGAAUGCCAAAAAAGAGAAAGGGGGGGGGGGAACAGAGGGACAGAUAUUUGUAAAAUAAUUCUAAACCUAAUGGUUUGUACAACGGAAUUGUUGUAAAAUACCUAACAGAUAUAACUCCACCAGUGUAUGGGUGUGAGAUGCAGUUGUCCAGGAGACGAUUUUGUAUAGUAUUUUUCUUGUAUAUUCCAGUAAAUAUUUGAAAAUAUAUUGAAGUACACUUGAGCUUUUUUUCCCCUCCUCUUUUUGGUCAGAAGAAAAUAUUAAAGCGUUAUUGUUGCAGUCCUAAUUAACUGCAUUUUUAACUUGUCCCUUGAAGUGUAUAGCAAAUUGCACUUCAGGAUAUAGUUUUUGCUUGAAUAUUAAUUUAGAUAGGCAUGACUGUAAUUAAGCAAACAAUAUUUGAUAAAUGUUGAAUGACAUUUAAUUUAAUGGAACAUGUACUUAUUUGCAUUUGCUGGCAGUUCAGGUAUAGUUUAAGUGAGAGUUCUCCU